ACCAAUCACAAUGGCAUUAUUAGAGAAAGCAAGGUUGGCAAAACAGCAUUGUGAAACACUACGCAGUAGCAACACUUCGUAUGAGGUAAAUGAGUUUGAUAAUGGAUACAUUGUGAAUUUGGCUACUCAUGUAUGUGCAUGUAGAAGAUGGGAUCUCACAGGUAAAUGAGUUUGAGUAAGUUAAUUUUUAUAAAUUGUUGUGUACCCCGUUGAUUCUAAUUGAAUGUGUGACUUACAGGAAUACCAUGUAGGCAUGCUGUAUGUGUUCUAGAUGAUAACCAAGAUGAUCCAGUACGGUAUGUGGCUAAUUAUUACUUCACUUCAGUUUUUAAGAAGACAUAUGAAGAGAACAUCAAACCUGUCAAUGGUGAGAAGCUGUGGAGUAGGACAAAUAAGCCUCCAAUAGGGAUAUCUGAGAUGAGAAAACCAAGAGGGAGACCAAAAAACGGAGACAGGCGUAAGGAACCUUUUGAAGACCUACAAAAUUCAGGGAAAUCAACAAGACAUGGCAGGAUUCCACAUUGUAGCCUAUGUGGUCAAGCUGGGCAUAACAAGAGUAGUUGCAAGAAUGAACCACUUGUUGUGGAGGGUCCAAAGAACAAACGUGGGAGACCAAAGAAGCUUAUAGAUGAGAGUCAUCCUAAGGCACCCCCAAAGCCAAGAAAAAGAAGAAACACUCUUGUAGCUGGAAGUAGUUCUCAGUCUAUACAAGCUGGUGAAUCAAGCUCACAAACUCCGGUUACUUCUAGUGCUCCUCAGCCUUCAAUCUCAUCAAAUCAAGUGCAGCCACAUGUGAAGAAAGCUAGAAGAGGGAGACCAUUGAAGAUUAGAAAAACUAGUAAAAUUCCACAAGGUGUUGGAACAUUUUGGAGUCCAUUCACGGAUCGACCAUUUCAGGUGUUUGGAGACCGAGUUUAUGAUAGGUCUAACCUAAACCCAAAACCUCAAGAAGAACGUAAUACAUAGUCUAUUAGCACCAUGUUUUUGUGACUAGUAACUACAUUAUCCACUCUCUGUUAUGACUAUGGUUACUUUUGAGAUUUUGUUUGCUUUUGAAUUCAUGUAUGACAAUGUGACAUUAUCAUCAUUUUUGGAUUUUU